AUGUUGGUUGUUGUCUCUGUCAAAUGGAAAGAAUGCGAAGAAGCAAAAGAUGUUGCGGAUGGGAGUAAUAAAGAUAAUGUUGAGGGCGAGCGAGUUGAUGUAGAUGCAAGUGUAAAUGAUGUUGAAGGUGUUUGUAGUAAGGGAAAGUUGUUUGAUAGUCAAGGCACUGAGGAUAGUAUCACUGUGUCUGCUUUGGAGAUUAUAAAUGAAAAGAUUGAUGCCUAUGAGGGAAGCAUUAAAAAGGAUAAGUCUUUAAAUAAAUUAGAGGCAACAAAUGUUGAUGUUUUAUCUACCUAUGGGUUGGACAAGACUGAUGUUGUUGGUGUUGAGAAGAAGCAUGGUUCUCAAGAAAGCUUUUCUGUAUCUACCAUGGAGGUUGUUAAUGAUCAUUUGGUUUCCUAUGAAGACAGUUUGAAAAAGGGAAAGUCUAUAAAAUUGGAGGAAGAAACUCCUACAGUUGGAAAUAGAGAGAGGAAACCUAGUUCUGUAUACAACAGUCCGUAUGCCACAGAAUUUGGUUCAGGUAGUAUUGGUAAACCAAAAGGUGGACGUCCUGGAUCAUGUGCUUUUGGAUUUGGCUUUUUCAAUGUGAUUGAUGAUGUGCAAGCUAAAUCUUUUGAUCAGUGGUUUAAGAUUGGGUUUAAUGAUAAAAACAAAGUGAAGAAGUUUAAAGAAUGUCAUAGGAAGCUUAAGGUUCCAUUGGAUUUUGUGGUUUGUCAAAUUGAUGAUAAGAUGUGGUUCUAUGAUUUGCUUACUGUUGGGAAGAACUUGUCAUGCUCGCAUAUUGAUGUUUGUUUCUACUAUUUGAGAAAGAAGUUAAAGUAUGACCAGUCUGUGAAAAUUUCUGGUAAUACUACUGAUUGCUUCUUUGCUUCUCAAAUUUUUGAAUUAUAUAAUGAGUUUGUUGCAAGUGGUGAAAAUGUUGAUUCGGUUAAGAAGGAUUCUAAGGCAUUUUGCAUACAUAGCGGAUUUUUAUAUGUUAUGCAAUAA